CGGUGAUCUACUGCUACUAGAUAUCGAAGCCCGUCAACUCAAAGCUUCUCCUAUUCCGCUCAGAACCAUUCAGAAGCCAGAGAGCGUUCUUUAAGAGUCGCGCUACUUGGAUGCUAGUCACACUUCGAAAGCCUGUAUUCCUGUUUCUGUGGCAUUUUGCGUUCUUUAUUUCCAUCAACAGGGCUACUUAUGCUGUCAGUCACAAUCGCAUAUAAACUUCUUGUGAAGACUUGUAAUGAUUGACAGAAAAUGUGUUAACUUUUGCUAUAAAUAUCUCGAUAAAGUUGUGCGUCUUUGCCAACAACCAAAGUUGAGCUUGAAAGCCAGUCCACCUUAUAUUUUGGAUACGAUUCCGGAUAUAUAUGAAAAGUUACAAAGAAUAAUUGCAAAUUACGAAGAAAAUUAUGAUGUACUCUCUGAAAUAGAAUACUUCCAAAUAUAUAUUUCGACCUUGAUUGAGAAAUCCAAGCAAACUAUUAGUCUUUUCAAAAAUUCCAAAGAGAAAAUUUUCGAUAUCAACUCAGAUGCACGGUUUCGUCUGAUUAAGUUGUCGCUAGUAUAUUCACAUCUGCUAAACGAUUUGGAAGCCCUCUUCCCACAUGAUACUUUCGACUCUAAGGGUUUCCGUAUAACGAAACCUGAUGCAGCUCGAUGGUGGUUGAGCAAUUUUGGGGAUAGUGUAGUUGUUUCUUGGCAAUUAUUCAAAGAUUCGUUAAUUCAAACAUUCAGGAUAGACUCUGAUACUCAACUGUUGGCUCUCCAAACGACUAUAGACAUAACUUGUAAUGACUAUGUAUCCAUUUUUGAGUUCGAUGUAUUUACUAGAUUGUUCCAACCGUGGAACAAUAUACUGGAAACCUGGAAAGCAUUAGCCAUCCUCCAUCCCGGUUACAUGGCGUUCAUGACGUAUGAUCAAGUUAAAGGUGUUCUUAAACGCUACUGCUUUUACCCUGGUCCAGGAACAUACAUUUUUCGAUUAUCAUGUACUAAACUGGGUCAGUGGGCUAUCGGAUAUAUUACACAGGAACUAAAAAUCGUACAAACUAUAAUACAAAAUAAAUCCCUGGCACAAGCGUUGGUUGAUGGAGAAAGAGAGGGAUUCUAUUUAUAUCCAAACGGGAAACCCAGUCCUACCACAUUGUUGUACUAUUUAACAAAUAAUCUACUCCAAGUUCACUUACAAGUAACAAAGGAACAGUAUCAGCUUUACUGUGAAAUGGGUUCAACCUUCGAAUUAUGUAAGAUUUGUGAUGAAAAUAAUAAAGAUACGCGACUCGAACCCUGUGGUCAUUUGAUUUGCAAAAAUUGCUUACUUAAUUGUCAAUCCACAAGCAAUGGUUUAACAUGUCCGUUUUGCCGCCUGGUAAUAAAAGGGACUGAAGAUAUUAUCGUUGAUCCUUACAAACCAUCAAGCGACUCUGGUAAACUAAGUUUUCAUCCCAGCGAGCCUGUCGUAAUUUAUGAUCAAACAGCAUCCCUUCAUGAGAUAGCUGACAAGCCUUCAGGAUUGGCUUCGUGUUCUGUCAGUGCCUUGUGUAACAGAAAAAGUCUCACACCAGACCCUCUAUCUGCGGGGCCACCACCUAUACCGCCAAGGAACUUUUAUCUGACAUCUACCAUAGAUAAUACCGUAAAUUACAACAACGAACUUCUAGCUAGUUGUCACACUUCUUCGACAAACUACGGACUCGAGAUUUCCACACAUCCUGAUUCUCAUGAAAACAUCCGAUUCGCAAAUCCCGACUCAUCUGUUAAAAAUGAUACACUCUUACGCUCGCUCAGUGAGCGUAAUGAAGAUAGAUGCUUAUGCUCUCAAGGGAGCAACUCUCUGUUUCCAGCACAAGUUAUGCCCCGGAUAGAUACUGGGAGUUUAGAUCAUACAAUGGAUUUAAAUUACGCUCAGUUAGAUUUAAACAAGUCAGAUUCUGAUGAUGAAUUGGAGGUUGGUUUAGCCUUUGAUGAAAAAGACGACAUACGAGACCAGCAAGAUGAUAUCAAGCCAUCUGCGCAACAUAACAUAAGUGCAAACCCAGAUCUCAUUUGUGAAUCGUUAUCGAAUGAUAAGAACCACAAGGACUGCUCUUCAGAUAAUUUGUCUAACAAGAAUACGAUCCCCCCCGGUAUGUCACAUUGUGAUCUCAUCAAAUGCCAAACAAGAUCUGUGGAUGAAAAUGUGAGAGAAUUAAUUAGUUUGCACCCUGAAAUGACUGAAGCAACAGCCACGCUAUUACUCACUUUAACGGAAAACCGUCUACAUAUUUCAUAUGAAAUAUGGAAGCACUUUAUGCCUCGUGUUUAGAGAGACGUGUAAGCACUCAUUUUCAGUAAUAUAAAUAAUGCUAUUUUGCUCAGAGAUAAUUUAUUAGGCUUAAUGUUACAAUUAUUUUAUACCUUCUUAUUUUUGAUUUUACUUAUGUUGGUAAUAAUUAUUGUCCUGCAGAGUUCGACUAGAUUUUAGGUAGGGUCACCAAAUUUUCGUGCUUUCAAGUUAGUACUGAUAACAAUGACUACCUAAACUUUUUCUAUAUCGUGUAAUUUUUCCUAAAAUCUCAUUUUAACAACGAAUGAAUGUAUGGUAUUCUACUGAUAGUGUAAAAUAUACUCGGCUUGACUUUCAAAUUUGUCUUUUUAUCCCAAAGAACAUAGUGCAAAUAAAAUCCUUCCAUGUGAUUAAAUCUGAUUAGAUAUGAGGGCGUCAUCGAGAAUUAUCCAGAUUUUCCAAUUAUUUUAAGGGUCUACACUGAUUAGAAAAGUAAAUUAGUACUAACAACUAGCUGGAGACGUACGUCCAAUAGUAUUUCCUGUCAACUGCUUCCAAACACCUAACACAUCAACAUAACGCACGUGAUAUCGAAUCAUUUACACUAGUGGCCAUACUGCGACUUGAUCGGUAGAAUUCGAUCAACACGAUAGGACUGAACACAUGUGACGAUGACCACUAUUCAGUGACCAAUCGAUUGUGUGUUUGAAAAUCUAACGUAAUUGCUAAUCCCGAAUGCCCUGGUACGGCCGAGAGUGGGGAGAGUCCGCUCUCCCUCUCGAAAUACUCUCACAAGGCCGCGCGUAUACAGCCUCUGCCAGGGAAGUCCUACUCAUUGCCUUCUCGUGGCGGGGGUGUUGUUUACGAAAAUGAAAUGACGAAAAGCGCAUGUCCGGCGCUUUAACCGGAUCCCAAACCAAUGGUGCACAUGGGCUCCAGUAUCCUGCGGGAACAAAUGGCGUACGAACCAAUCGUUGGUCACCGGCUACCAUGGAAUUGCAUCUCCUCACGAUGCUCCACUGCCUUGUGGGUCAGACCUUUAGGUCAAAGGCUCGGGGAGUGGCCCCCUAAGAUAACCACCUGCUUCGGUUUGGGCACCCGGGCAGUAUCACAGCCCACACACAAAUGAUGAACUAUGUCUAUGGAAAUUACUUUUCUCGCUUCGAAAAACAAUCAAUUGAUUCAAAUUAUUAUCAUUACAAUUAUUGUCAUUAUUAUUAUUAUUUUCCACAUUAUUCACCCUCUUUUAUAUUUAUACAGCGGCUCGUCUUUGGUGGAAAUUCGACUGUAUCUAAACGUUCUCGAGUCACUGUCCGGUUGAAAAUUGUAUGUUACAUCCGAAUAUGAGUACUGAAGCAGUUUUUCUGAAACCACGUGCACCAUUCAAACUGGCUGCCUUCAACGUUCGCACACUUAUGCAGGUCGGACAACAGAUAGGGCUGGCUAUGUCUUUGGAAAGUCUUCAUUAUCGAUGUCUGCUGUCUAUCCGAGACCCGUAUUCAAGACUCUGGUGAAGUACUACAAAUUCGCUCUACAUCUGUCACUUCGAAAAGCUUGUUUUACGUGCGCUUAUCCGGGGACCCUGUGGCAUCUUCGUCUGGUCUUGCUGGCGUUGGUGUCGCACUAAGCGCUAGAGCUGAGGCAGCACUAGUCGAUUAGAUCCCCAUUAACAGUCGGUUAUGUGCUGUUAGAUUAGAAAGUUCCAUCAAAGUGAGAAGGAAUCGACGUGAGAAACGAUGUCUUUUCGUCAUCUCCGCCUAUGCCCCGACAGAUUGCAGCCCGGAUGCAAUCAAGGUUGAGUUUUACCACCAGUUAUCUGUUCUUCUCCAGAAAGUGCGUUCGACAGAUAUUGUAGUACUAGCCGGAGACUUGAAUGAUCAGGUCGGGCGUCUAGGCACAGAAGAGAGUCGUUUAGGUGGCCGAUGGGGACUCGUUGGUCGCAGGUCAGAUAACGGGGACCGUCUACUGCAACUUUGCACAGACCACAACCCGUUUCUGGCUAGCACUAACUUUCGGCACAAUCAUCACCGAUGUGCCACCUGGCGUCCUCCCUCUGCAUCUCAAGCCUGGACUCAGAUUGAUCACAUCGCGAUCAGCUACCGCUGGCGUGGUUGUGUACAAGACUGCCGCUCCUUUUGGAGUACCUAUCUGGACUCUGACCAAGCCUUGGUCUGUGCCAAUCUUGCCUUACUUUUCAGUGGACAACGAAGUGACCGCCAUCAACGGAUUGAUAUUAGCAAGCUGGUUGCAACUUCUGUUGCAAGUAAGAAUCGAACUGAGCUAGCCUCUAGGCUAGCUACCACUCCAC